GAAUGAGGGAAAUCAAUGAAUUCCCCAAACGGGAAGGUCCGGGGGAGGGGAGAGUGUCCCAGCACAGGAAAAAGUCCAGGCAGUGACGUGUGGUGGGCAGAGCAGUGCCGGCCGCCCUGAGAGCAGAGCCCCAUGCAGUGCCCUGGAGCCUCUCACCCACCUCCGCCACCCACCGUGGUCCCCACGACCACCCCAUGUUCCGUUCACGCCGCGCUGGGCUGGUGCGGAGGCUGUGGCAGCAGCGCUGUGCAGCAGGCAGCCCCGAGGAUGGCCCCAGUGCCCUCAAACCAGCAGCGCAUGCCCUCUUCAACAAGCUGAAGGAUGAGGAGCUGGAGCUGCUGGUGCAGGUGGUGGAGAGCCGGGGCGCCUGGGAGUCCGGCUGCGUUUUGGCACCACGGUGGGACCUACGAGGAGUUAAGCAGGGACUACCCCCUCAAGUCCUGCUCUGUCGCCUCUUCCGCUGGCCUGAUCUCCACCAGUCCCAUGAGCUCAAGCAUUUCUACUGCGCUGGGGGCCAGGGGCUCUGCGGGGACUUGGCUGUGCUGUGCUGCAACCCCCAUCAUUUCAGCCGCCUGGCUCUACCUGAAACCCCGCCACCCCCCUACUUCAAGGCAUCCUGUGGUCCCUCCUGGCCAGAUGAGCUCCAACAUCCCAGCACUCAGCUCCUAGAGUUCAGCUGCAACGGUGGGGACUGGUCCGACACCAGCCUCCCAUGGAGCACCGUCAAGGAUAGCUGUUGGUGCAAACUGGCUUACUGGGAGUACCGGACACGUGUGGGCCGCCUCUACGCCGUGCAUGAGGCAUCAGUGAAUAUCUUCUGCGAGCUGCCGUGGGGCAGUGGGUUCUGCCUGGCCCAGCUGCCAGCUGCCUACCGCAGCUGUGCUGUCCAGCGGGCACGUGGCAAGAUUGGCCGGGGGCUGCUGCUGAGCCGGGAGCCAGGUGGUGUCUGGGCGUACAACCGCAGCGAGCACCCCAUCUUUGUCAACUCGCCCACUCUGAGCCCCCCUGGUGCCUGUGGGCUCACUGUCCUCAAGGUGCUGCCUGGCUACUCGGCAAAGGUGUUUGAUUAUGAGUGGGCAGGGGACGGAGGGGGCUGGCAGCUACCUGGGGAGGGACCCUGUGACCCCCACAGUAUCCGCAUCAGCUUUGCCAAGGGCUGGGGACCCUGCUACUCCCGGCAAUUCAUCACCUCCUGCCCAUGCUGGCUUGAGGUCCUGCUGAACCAGCCAUGCUGAGGCUGGGGCUGGUGGGGAGGUGCCAGGGAGCUCCCCAAAAGCAGGUUUGCAAGCUUGGGGGCCCUUCUACUGUUCCCCAGCCUGUGUUUUCCAGGGCUGUGUUGCAGUAGGAUUGUCUUGGCUCUGGGGACUCUCUUACUGAGCGUUGACUGGAUGCAGUCAACUGGAUGCAGUGCCCCCCUUGCAUGGCUCAUCACCCUGCCAGCACCUGCUUAACCCAGCCAUGGGGCUCUUAGUGACACAAUGCACUAUUUAAUUUUUCUAAAAAAUUGUUAUUUUAAUGUUAAAAUUUAUAUUAAUUUAUCUAUUUUUGUAAAAGAAGAGCAAAGCAUAAGGCAGGAGUCCCCAUUGUCAGGGCCAGGCCUGGGGGGUGGCAUCCAGGGCCGGUGGGGACAUGGAGAGCAGGAGAGAAGGGAGGUGGGAGGGAGUGGGGAGCUGUGGGCCUCGGUGUCAGUGCAGACAAAGGGAAUGAGAGUGAAUUGGCAUGGCUGGGGGAGUGGGGCAGGUGAGCACAGCUGGAGUGUGGGGCAGGUUAGAGCAUCUGGAUAGGUGUGGGGCAGGUGGAAUGAGGGGGGCCAGGUCAGCACCCCUGGGUUGGGGGCCGGUUCAGGGCUACCCAAGCUGAGUACCAGGCCCGAGGGGUCCUUCAACCGUUCUGGCAGCAUGGGGGAGCCCCAACCAAGUACAGCCGAGGGGAUCCCGGAUUGCCCGAGACGCGUCUGCUGUUUUUAACCUAAAUAAAAGGUGCCACCGGCACCAAGAGAC